AUGGCCGAAGACUGUACUUGUCAAGAAAACUGCGGUGCAUGUGGGCCCACAGGAACUGGAUGCACUUGUCCCGAGAAUAGGUGCAAGUGUUCGAACUGCGUCAACGAGGCGCACGCACAAAAGUGUGAGUGCGGAGGGUCUGCUACGGACUGCGUAUGCACGCGGGAGGGAAAAGUAUGUGAAUGUAAGUGA